AUGAUGCGAUGGGCUGUCGACGUGGCGGGUAUUGAUGUCGCCGAGGACUUGCAGCGAGAGCAGAGAAAAUAUGUCUACAAGUCGCCGAGUGCUGCACAUGACGAGCCGUGGAGUACGGUGGAUGAUUGGCGGCCCAACUCAAGCGGCUACAGCGGUGAGUUAGGAAAAGUCCGGGCGCUGACCUGGGACGAGGUACGGGAUGGCUUUGCAGAGCGGGCGAUGAGGGCGAAUGACGCCUUUUGUAAUAUUGGGAGGACCACAGCAGGCAUACUACAGUACCAAGGAUCUAUCACCAUUUCAGGCGGCUGCUUAUCCCCAAUGCGCGGCGUUGGCAGUCGAGGACUGCAGAUGGACAGGCUAGUGAGUCGUAACCAAAGCACGCUCGCAGACGAUUCUGCCUCUGACACCGCCGCCCCGACGCGCGAGGUGCGUGUAUUUAGUACGUUUCUCAACGCUGAAGGCAAACGCACAACUGUGACGCUGAAUAUGACACAGCCGACCUACCGCGGCGUAGACAUCGUGGCAGCCUUCUUACAGCAGGCUGUGGCGUCGAAUGAGUUGCUCUCGCAGCGCUACUCGACGAACCCGCGCCUGUACAAGUUGUUCAUUGCAGACGAGUACACGGGGGAGGAAGAAAUGGCGGCGCAGCUGGACCUCAAUGCGCAGAGCUUCUCAUGCUACGCGAUUAACCCGAUGCCGAUGGCAAAGCUAUUUCUCUUUCCGCAGCGCACAGCUUUGCAAAAUACGACAACGCGCGACGUCAACUUGACUGUGCAGGUGCGCCCAUUAGACCCGCGGGCAAAGGCAGUGCAGCGACAGUGCGUUGUACCAGCCGACAUGCUUGCCGAGUCGUUGGAGGCUACCAUCUGUAGCCGACUGCCAGCCAGCGGGAUCAUUCAAGGGUCUCUGCGUAUCAUGCACGGGCCGAUGGAGCUAAACAUUAAUGAGUACUACAAUUUUGGCGCCGGCUGCGGUCAACCGAACUGUCCCAUCGCCGAGCGCACCAUCUUGUCCCUCUUCAGGUUUGGUGUUCGAGAAGUGGUGGUGAACGGGCGUGCCGUCGAGGAGGCCCCGGCAGAAAUUCUGCGAGACUUGGCAGAAGACAUCAUCAUUGACAUGGACGUUGAUGAGGCCAUAUCAUUCCAACAGUUUGAGGUGAUUUGCAUCAAUAAGUAUGGCGCACGUCAGCAGCGGCUGCUCUGUGUCGAUGGCGAGCACCUGUACACAAUGCGCCCGAACGCAUCGGAGGCGCUGCCCAAGACGACGGAGCGGAUGAUCAAGGACGUUGAGGAAGUGCGCAUCUUCGCUGACAAGCCUAAGUACAUGGAGAUUGCCUAUACAAAGAGUUCCCACUUUGAGGAGGACCACUUCGAGUGCAUGACGACGUACAACUGCGCGCUUCUGAAUGAAAAGAUCCGCAUUGUGCGUCGAGAACUGCGCAAGCGCGAGGCAGAGGAGCAGGCGGCACACCUCAGGAAUGAGACGGCGGUGCAGCGCUUCAUGACAGGGAUUCGCAGUAGGUGGUUUGGCGGCCGCGACAACUAG